AUGGCCAAGCGCCAGGCGUCCGAACCUCUCGACGAGCUGCUGGGCGUAGCAUCGCCAGCAUCCAAAAAGUCACGUACCGCAGAACUCGAGACACCCCCAAACGAGAAUGGAGUCUCCUUUGCCACGCCAUCGCACAUGGACCAAGUAAUCGCCAGUAACAGCGACGAGGACGACUUUGACGACCACACAACAGCCCCAGCCGCACCCUUGCGACAAGCAAACCCGACAGAAGGCUACGACGAUCUCUACCUCGACACGAUAGACAGACAAGUCCUCGAUUUUGACUUUGAAAAGCUCUGCUCCGUCUCGCUGUCCAACAUCAAUGUCUAUGCUUGCUUGGUAUGCGGGAGGUAUUUCCAAGGCCGGGGACCCAAGUCCCACGCCUACUUUCACGCCCUCGAGGAAGACCACCACGUGUACAUCAACCUCGAAACACAAAAAGUAUACGUCCUCCCGGAGGGAUACGAAGUAAAGAGCAAAUCACUAGACGACAUCAAAUACGUCUCCGACCCGCGAUACUCGAAACACGAAGUCAUGAACCUCGACCGCGCGACAAACGAGCACCACAAGUCAUGGACCCUCUCCGGGAAGGAAUACACCCCAGGGUUCGUGGGCAUGAACAACAUCAAAGAAAACGACUACCUCAACGUCGUUGUCCAAGCGCUCUCCCACGUACCACCGCUACGAAACUACUUCCUCCUCCAAGACUUCACCAAGAACAGCGAACUCGUCAAACGAUGCAGCAUUCUCUUCCGCAAGAUAUGGAACCCACGCGCCUUCAAAGCCCAAGUCUCCCCCCACGAACUCCUCCAAGAAAUCGCCCUACGCUCCAACAAGCGCUUCACACUCACCACGCAAUCCGACCCCGUCGAGUUUCUCUCGUGGUUCCUCAACAACCUCCAUCUUGGGCUGGGCGGGAGUAAAUCCAAGCCGGGUAGUUCCAUGAUCCAGCGCACUUUCCAAGGCAAGCUCAAAGUCGAAUCGCAAGCCAUCACCGCUCGCGCCGAUGCCACCGACAGGCUACGCUUCGAAGAAGCCGCCGAAGUAAAGGUCGAUAUCGUGCGCUUCCUCCUCCUGACGCUCGACCUCCCCGCCGCGCCGCUCUUCCAAGACGAACUCGAAAGAAACAUCAUCCCGCAGGUUCCCCUCACGACCAUCCUGUCCAAAUACGACGGCAAGUCAGCGCAAGAGCACCACUCGCAGAGAAAACGCUACCGCCUGCUGCAUCCCCUCCCGCCCUACUUAAUACUCCAUGUAAAGCGCUUCUCGCAAAACAAGUUCGUCUCAGAGCGAAACCCCACAAUCGUCACCUUCGACGCUAGAAACCUCGAUGUGUCGCCUUACGUGGAGCCAAAUCCUGCCGAGUGGCCGCCCUCAGAACCAAUUUGGUACGAUCUAGUCGCCAAUGUUGUGCACGAGGCAGUCCGCACGAGGGAAGACGUAGCAGACAGUGGAGAUGAGAAGAAGACGUGGAAGGCACAGGUCAGGGAUAGGACAACAGGAGAAUGGAUCAGCUGUCAGGAUUUGUACGUGGAAAAGGUCCAGGGCGAGCUGUUGUACCUCGGCGAGACGUAUUUGCAGAUAUGGGAGAAGCGGAGGGAACCAAAACCAAGUGGGAGUGUCGCCAAGGCAAAGACAAAAGGCUAG